AUGGAUAUAGAGCUCCGCCGGCUUGAAAAGUCCAUGAUUGCUCAAUCCCAGCAACUAAGUGCUCCUCAGGAGAAAACCGACCAUCCGGCAAUUAAGGACGAUUCGCUGUUGUCUCGUAACAUCCAAAGGGGAGAUAAACAGCAGACCUAUUCACGUCGGGUCACACGUUCCUCCCUAAAAAACGAAUCGUCCAACUUCAUUUCUAUCGACUCACUUGAUCAAACAGACAAUAUUCCAGACAGCGAUCUUCCCAGUGAUUGCGUCCUCUUCUACAUCCCUAGCCGUUCAAUCCAAUCCGAUAUCCUUGAUUUCCCUGUGCUGUCUGGCCCCAACCGCUAUUCCUUCGAUCUUGCAGCAAACCUUCUACUUGUCAAGAUGAUCACAAUAAUCCACUCUGACAUCGGUCAGUUUAUCAACCUAGCGCUGACCCGCGUAAUUACCCAGAUGGGUCUUGCGGCCUACGUUCGCUUUUACGCCGGGGCCACAAUUAGGGAAGAGGGCUGUGGUAAAGAAGGAGAUCAAGGCUGGGGACCUCUUCCAGUUCCUCAAGGCUUUCCCGAUAAGCCUACGGUGACCCUAGAGCUGUACCCAGCCAAAGGCAAUGUCAACACAACAGUCACAAUCAAGGUCGACAGGAAGCGUCCCCGGCUUAUGGUUGAUCGAUGGGAGCGUAUUGAUGGAGUGGUUCAAACCACUCAGCAGAUUGAAAUCUCAAAGGUCAAUGGACAAAUAGAAUUGACCAAUGACUCUCUGACCGUUCCCUUUGAAUCUCUUUUCCUACGGCAACCAACUGGAGAUGAGAACGAUAUUACUCUGGAUAGACAGACUCUUCAGGAACUAGCUGAUAGAACAUGGCGUUUACAAGGGCUCUAA